GGGACAGAUUGUAUCACUAAAGCCAUACUAAACGGAUUAAGAAUGCAAUUUCCUGGAAUUAGGGGUUUAUCACGACAUGAGGGUUUUCUGUGUGAGAUUGCAGCGUUGCCAAUUCCCGAAACGUCGUCGUACGCUUGUUGAACGUUUCAAAUUCAUAAGAACCGUCAUAAAACCGAACCUGUUCUCUCCUCUUCCCCUCUCUCUCUCCGACUCCGAGGCGGCGGACCUGAGUUGUCAAUUUCAAUCACCGGCAACACAGUUAAUCAAAGCUCCUCCGUCACUGCCAUUGCCGUUGCCGUUGUCUGCUUGUCUUUCCGGAAAGGUUAAUAAAUUUUAGCUCUGCUGACUACAAACUUUUGCACUUGUCAUUAGGGUUCUACUGUGUUGAUAAUGGACAGUAGAGUGAAGCCAUAGAAAACGCAAGUAACUACAAAGAAGAAUUUAUUCGAGAUAGUUAUCUUAAUCUUUAAGGGGUUCGAAAAUUAGGUUUAAUUUUGCUGGUUGUGUGUGAAUUUGUUUUUGGGAGAAUAGAUGGGAUCAGUAAAACGGAAGUCAACAGACGACCCUAAUGAGGAACAUAUGCCAGUGGAACAGCAGGCAAAAAUUGAUGGAGUUAUAAAUGGGGAUGGACCUGUGGCCUGUUUGCAUGAUGUAUCGUACCCAGAAGGAUAUAUUCCUGGUGCGUCAGGCUCAGUUUUAGCUGAAAAUGAUGCAAAACCUGCCAAAGAAUUCCCUUUUACUCUUGACCCUUUCCAGUUGGAAGCAAUUAAAUGUAUCAGAAGUGGUGAAUCUGUCAUGGUAUCAGCUCAUACAUCAGCUGGUAAGACUGUGGUGGCAUUGUAUGCCAUUGCCAUGUCUUUGAAGAACCAGCAACGUGUGAUUUAUACUUCGCCGAUUAAGGCACUCAGUAAUCAGAAGUAUAGAGAGUUCAAAGAAGAAUUUUCAGACGUUGGUUUGAUGACUGGUGAUGUCACAAUUGAUCCUCAUGCUUCUUGCUUGGUAAUGACAACUGAAAUUUGGCGUAGUAUGCAGUAUAAAGGGUCAGAGGUUACCAGGGAGGUGGCAUGGGUAAUUUUUGAUGAGGUACAUUACAUGCGUGAUAAAGAAAGAGGCGUGGUAUGGGAAGAGAGUAUUGUUAUGGCACCAAAGAAUUCUCGAUUUGUGUUCCUCUCUGCUACUGUCCCUAAUGCUAAGGAGUUUGCCGAUUGGGUUGCAAAGGUUCACCAACAACCGUGCCAUAUCGUUUAUACUGACUAUAGACCAACACCACUCCAGCAUUACAUCUUCCCUUCCGGAGGCAAUGGUCUUUACCUAGUAGUUGAUGAAAAAGGAAAGUUUCGGGAAGAUAGCUUUCAGAAAGCCCUGAAUGCUCUUAUUCCUCCAAGUGAUGGCAGUAAAAAAAGAGAGAAUGGAAAAUGGCAGAAGGGGGUGGUGAUUGGUAAAGCAGGCGAAGACAGUGAUAUAUUCAAGAUGGUCAAAAUGAUUAUUCAGCGCCAAUAUGAUCCUGUGAUAUGUUUUAGCUUCAGCAAAAGAGAGUGUGAAUUCCUUGCGAUGCAGAUGGCUAAAAUGGAUCUCAACAGCGAUGAUGAGAAAGUGAACAUUGAAAAUAUAUUCUGGAGUGCGAUGGAUAUGUUGUCAGAUGAUGACAAGAAGCUGCCGCAGGUCUCAAAUAUGUUGCCUUUGUUGAAACGUGGAAUUGGUGUACACCACUCUGGCUUACUCCCCAUAUUGAAGGAAGUGAUAGAAAUCUUGUUCCAAGAAGGAUUAAUCAAGUGCUUAUUUGCCACCGAAACAUUCAGUAUAGGGUUGAAUAUGCCUGCAAAAACUGUUGUCUUUACAAAUGUUCGCAAAUUUGAUGGCGACAAAUUUAGAUGGAUAUCCAGUGGAGAGUACAUUCAGAUGAGUGGACGUGCUGGUCGUCGAGGCAUUGAUGAUCGUGGAAUCUGUAUUCUUAUGGUUGAUGAGAAGCUGGAACCUGCUACAGCUAAGUUAAUGCUGAAAGGGAGUGCUGAUAGUUUGAACAGUGCCUUCCACUUAAGUUAUAGCAUGCUUCUGAAUCAGAUGCGCUCAGAAGAUGGCGAUCCUGUGAAUCUGCUCCGUAACUCAUUCUAUCAAUUUCAAGUUGAUCGAGCUAUUCCUGAUCUUGAGAAACAAGCUAAAGCUCUUGAGGAAGAGCGAGAUUCGAUGAAGAUUGAGGAAGAAGAGAGCUUGGAGAGUUACUAUUCUCUGCUCCAACAAUACAAGAGUUAUAAGAAGGAAGUGCGCGAUAUAGUCCUCGCUCCGAAGUAUUGUUUACCUUUCCUGCAGCCUGGCAGACUUGUUAGCAUCCAGCUCACUAAGGUUGAUGAUAAUUUGCCAUCAUUUUCUAUCGAGGACAACGUUACGUGGGGAGUCAUAAUCAAUUUUGAAAGGGUGAAAGGUCUUUCGGAAGAUGAUACAAAUAUUAAGCCUGAAAAUGCAAGUUAUACUGUGGACGUCCUCACAAGAUGUGUGAUUAGGAAGGAUGAAGUUGGUAAAAGGACAAUAACAAUUGUCCCAUUGAAGGAAGCUGGGGAACCGGCUGUUGUGUCUCUUCCUAUUUCACAGAUUGAUGGGUUGAGUAGUGUUCGUCUAGUGAUACCGAAGGAUCUUUUGCCAUUGGAAGCUCGGGAAAAUACUCUGAAAAAGGUUUUGGAAGUUCUCUCUAGGUUUGCAAAAGAUGGAUUGCCACAAUUAGAUCCGGAAGCUGAUAUGAAGGUUCAGAGCAAAUCGUACAGAAAAAUAGUAGAUAGGAUAGAAGCUCUUGAAAGCGUCUUUGAAAAGCAUGUUAUUGCAAAAUCUCCUCUCAUUGAGCAAAAGCUCAAACUUUUGCACACGAAGAAGGAGAUCACCGCAAAAAUCAAAUCUAUCAAAAAGAGCAUGCGCUCUUCAACCGCAUUGGCUUUCAAAGAUGAACUUAAAGCAAGGAAAAGAGUGCUUAGAAGAAUGGGAUACGUUACAAGUGAUGAUGUUGUUGAGUUGAAGGGGAAAGUUGCAUGUGAAAUCAGCAGUGCAGAUGAGUUGACCUUGACAGAACUCAUGUUCAAUGGAGUUCUGAAGGACAUAAAAAUAGAAGAGAUGGUAGCUUUGCUAUCUUGUUUCGUAUGGCAAGAGAAGCUGCAGGAUGCUUCAAAACCUCGAGAUGAGCUUGAGAUGCUAUUUACGCAAUUGCAAGAUACGGCUCGACGAGUUGCCAAGGUUCAGCUUGAGUGCAAGGUUCAGAUUGAUGUUGAGAAUUUUGUGAGCUCUUUCCGUCCUGAUAUCAUGGAGGCUGUAUUUGCCUGGGCAAAGGGGUCCAAGUUCUACGAGAUAAUGGAAAUGACACCAGUAUUUGAGGGCAGUUUGAUCAGGGCUAUAAGAAGGCUGGAAGAGGUUCUGCAGCAAUUAAUACAAGCUGCAAAAUCCAUUGGGGAAACUGAUCUCGAAUUGAAAUUUGAAGACGCAGUUACCAAGAUCAAGAGAGAUAUUGUUUUUGCGGCAUCUCUUUACUUGUAAUGCAUAGGACGAAAAUCUCACUUGUACUUUGAGACUAACAUUGAUAAGCCACACUGGUUGAAAACAAUAUGCCAUCUACUGCAAUAGGAGAUGACAUGGUCAGUGAAUCUCUCGUGUACACAUGCAGUAAUGUGUCUGGAUUCAUCUUAGUACACAAAGUACUCUGUAUCUUAAUGCGUCUGGAUCGACUGUACUUCUAUCAAAGGACCUGCCGCGAAACUGCAAUGGAAAAGCUGGAGGAAUAGUGAACUGAUUGCCACAUUCUUCACUCACUGUUCAUUGUUUACUAACACAUGCUAUAGGAAGUUUAGAAAAGUUAAUGGGGGCGAUUUGUUUAUGUUUUGUUAGUGUUUUUUACCUUUUGGAAAUCUCCCCUGUAAACUGUUGGUAAAUUAUUUGCGAGACAAAUCCAGGCUUAUAAUCAUAUAUUUUGCCUUACACGGCAUCCAUUUAUCCUUCUCAUUUGGUGUUAGAAUAUGCAUCAUGAUUAAGCAUACUGCACCAUACCUAAUAAAUUUUUAGAAGUCUUCUGGCAAACGUAGUUAUGGUAUUUUGUUUUAUGGUACAAAAAGAACACUAAAACUGAAAAUUCUCAAGCUGGAACGAUUGGAUCUUAAGCCUGAAUAUGCAUCAGUUUCUGAUAUCUGAGAAAGGCAAAGGCAGUUUGGUCUUAAUCUUCAGUAUAACAAAAGCAGCUUUAUUUUAUGAGUGCUAUGAUCGAAGUUCUUUCAGUAGAAUUACAAAAGGGGAGAUAAAAUCACACUUUCACAGUAACUUCUUCAAGUCAUGGUGGCUUGAAGAAUGCAAAAAUCCAUGUCGAUUGACUUCUUGAAUGUGAAAACAGGGGAAGAAGCAACGAAACAAGUGAGCUCCAAUGGUAAACACACAUCCAAAAGCGCCUCCACUGCUCUCUGUCUUAGCUUCUUGAGAUACAAUCGGGACGCCGUAAACAGGAUUCUGCACUGUAUGCUGCUGAUAGGAAGCAGAUUCAUCAGAAGCAGAUGGCACAGGAUCGUGAGCGCUAAUUUCAGGAACACGGUGGAUGUCUUGUGGAGGAGGAUACACAGGGACUUGAGCUUGGGUUGAAGAAGUAAAAGAAAUGGUUUCAUGGAUGUGAUGAUCAUAUUCAACCCAAGACGAGGAGGAGGAGGAGGAGGAUGAUAUUGGUAAAGGCGGAGCCGAGGGCUCAAUUGGGUAAUAGUAGUAUUGAUAACGCUGUGAAUGGAAUGUCGGUGGUGGUGGCAGUGGCGGGGAAUCAUCAAUGCAAAAUGCCUUCUUUUUCUUCUUCUUUCUUGACCAAAAUUUGAGCUUCUUCAUCAUCUUCAUCUCUGAUUUUCUUCUUUCCAGGGAAUUCAACUUCUUUUGGUAGAGCCUUAAUUUGCUGCGCAGGAAUUAGGCUCUGGAGAAGAUGUUAGGUAAAGAAUGCAUGAGAUGGAACAUUCACUUGAGACUUUUUUUCAUUCAAAUCUCAUGACCGUUGUGGUAGCCGUAGCCUCCACUAAAAAAAUUCCUUUGAAACGUUAAUAUAAUUAUUAAGGUGGAGCCCUCUUUCAAACAAAAUAUGUCCAUGAAUCUUACAAUGUCUAAGUCACAUCAAUUUACUUUAUGUGUUUGGAUUACCAUAUUAAUACACUUUGAUUAGCAGGAUUUAAAAUGUCCAACUUUUAAUAUUGACACAUCGAAGACCUCAGCAACUGCGGGCCGACACUUUUGACACCACGGCAAUUGCCUUGUAUCAUCAUUACCAUGCAUGAUAAAAGUCAUUAUUCUCCUUCAGUUUUCAGCUUAGUGAAACAAAAAGGGCAAUACAUAAACAAAUUGAAGCAACAUCCCCCAUGCAACAAUCACAGCGAGAACUAAUGAAUCUCUAGAAUAUAUACAAAACCCAGCCCGCAUUAUCAUGUCAUGUCAUGCAAUAAUAAAUCCCAAUAAACUCCGAACUAAAAAUAAAAAAAUAAAAUUCGCAUCUUUACACCCUCUGAGAGAGAGUAAGUGCAGGUGACAAACUUAUCUAGUGGAAUUCAUUCAUUUAGGCAAACCUUAUAAGAUUCCUUUGACAAGCUCGAAAAAACACUAUAAUACUACCAUGGAUUGGAAUCUUUUAUCUUUUUUAUGCACCAUUCCACCACUUCUAAUCAGUUAAGAAAAACAACAAAACCCGUCCUUUUUUGCUUCCCCAGCAACCUUGCCACAACAGGUCAGGAUAACUGAAUCAGUCAUCCAGGAUGGGCAAAGUUAUCAAUCCACGGCAUCAUCGGCAGCGCGUAAGACAAACUAAAUAGCAUAUCAAAAAAAAAAAAAAAGGUCAUAUAUUCUUCCCCCAUCCCACAGAAUUUCCUCCUUUAAUUGUUUGUCCUAUACUAUAGUGGUUAUGAGGUCAAGGGGCACCGUUACAUCAGUAACCAGACCCCACAUUUGAUGACUGCUCCUCGGCGCCAGCAGCAUCUGCAGCUGCCUUUCCAGGUUUGACCUCACCAACAGGAAGCUUUAUCUUCGGUGAAAGCCUCUUAGCUUCUUCGGUCGUGUAGAUAAAGAUUUUUCUCACCAUAGCGCAGAAUUCA